UCAGAGUUUUAUUUUUCUUAUGCAACUCUGAAUAAACUAGUUUUUCUGUUUCUUGGAUUCUUGAUUUUUUUCACUAUGGUGUAGUUUUGUAGAAGAAUUAGUCCAGAAAUGCCAUUUUUAAUUCAGAAUUAAAUGGCAUUGCUAUUUCAUAAACUGAAUUAUACACCAUUUUUUCUUGGUGGUGUGCAUGAAAAAACAACUCGGUAUAGAGCAAGAUCAGAUCUUCAAGUAGCUGACGGUUUUUCUUCGGUUUCUAUUCAAAUUGAUGCCGGUAAGAGUUCGUCUCAAUCCCAUAAGAUUUCAGGAUCAGGUGCUCUUCCAAAAGAGAACGGAAACCCGCUUAAACAAGAAAAUACGGUUGGCAUAAUUGGAGGUCUUUCUGUUCUAUCAACUCUUAUUUUCUUGGAGAAGCUUGUUUGGAUGAGCUCGAGAAACCAUCCAAACGAAAACAUUCCGUUUAUCGUCUCUAGCGAUCCUUCCCUGAGUCGAGUUCUUGCAUCGAAUAAUUAUGUACAUUCAUUUAGUAGUAGAAUUUCCAUCCCAGAGCGGAAUGUUGAUGCGAUGAUUACGAAUUUAAGGUGUAAAAGGAAGUUCCUUGAGCAAUCCGGUGCCCGUUGUAUAGUUAUGCCGUGUCAUCUUUCGCAUUCUUGGUAUGAAGAGAUAUCUGAGGGAAGUUUGCUGAAAUUUUUUCAUGUUGGUGAGUGUGUUGCUGAUGAGCUUAAGGAAGCUAAGUUGAAGCCACUUGAAGCUGGAAGUGAUGUCAGAAUUGGUUUGCUUGCUUCAAAUGCUACUUUGUCCGCUAAUUUUUAUCAGGAAAUGCUUCAGAAUCAGGGUUUUGAAGUUGUGUUGCCAGACAAGGCGAACAUGGAUCAUAUUCUAGUUCCUGUAACAGAAGCAUUGAAACGAAAGGACAUGGUAGGCGCACAGAAUCUACUAAGAAUAGCGAUUCAGAUUCUCCUGAUGGGAGCAGUCAACAUUGUAAUCCUCGCAUCCGAUGAGUUUCAGGGUCUUCUGCCGCAGAACGAUCCUCUUCAGAAAAAAUGUCUAGAUCCCAUGGAUGCUUUGGCAAGGUCAGUCAUAAAAUGGGCAAACAAAGAAGACAAGUUACAUAUCAAAACCUGAAAUCAUCCAUAGUAUGUUCAUAUUCACCAUUUGUUUGUUUUAUUGAAUAUCAUAUAUCAGUUUAACUGCAGCCUGUGUUCAUAGAAUUUAAUGCUACUACUUGAAUCUGUUACUAUUA